UGGUUACCCCAUAUUUCCACGUCUUUUUUGUUGGAGAUUUUUGUAGAAACCACGGAUGAAAAUGCUCUGCAUUCACUUGAUUCAACGCUUAAAAAAACAACAGCUUUCAUGAAAAAGCUGAAGACGCUAUCAGCUGCCAGUAUUCCUUCCCUGAUCGAUGAGCUUUCCCGACUAAAUCUCUCGAAAUUUGUUGAAGAAAUGGCAGCGGGAAUCGCUGAGACAAAGCUCAAGCCAUCGGAUGUGAUUCCGAUUGUGGAUCUUUGUGUGGCCAUUGCGUCUCGGUAUCCCAAAUUCUCCGAGUUAAUCCUUGCCGAAAUCAGAAAAGGCUUGCCUCUGAAGCGUGCGGAUAAAAUUUCAAACCCUGCCAAAUUGCGUAUUGACGUAAGGUUACUCUGUGAGUUGAUCCUUUGCGGAGUUGUCGGCAAAGAAGGCCUUCAGACGUUAGGAGCUACUCUUUCCUAUAUUUGUAUCACGGACAAGGGAGAACAUUCAAAUGUCGGACUGAUAUGUUCCCUUUGCCGUCCCGUUGGAUGGCAGAUUGCUGGUAUCGUUCCGUCGCCUGAAGGGUCUGAUGGGGUUUCAGUAGAGGAAGGUACGCUGAAUGAAGCGAUUACUCCCGAGCAUCGGAAGGUAGUUAAUGAUUUGUUCUCAAAUUACCACACUGGAUUGAUCCGCCAUCUGGAAAAAGCUUGUGCUGUCAUGAAUGUGGUGCAAAAGAAGGUGAAACGUCAUGAAAGAACAAGAGGCGAUGCAACUAUGGAAGAAAAAACAGAGUUGGAAACGGCACGGGCUGAGUACGAGCGCUUGAAGGCCUUAGCAGCGGAGCUAAGCAGUGCUCUUGGCGUGCCGAUGGUUGAACUUAAGGAAGAACCGAGUGAUAACGAGGAAGACGAGAUGGCAGCGAUGGAGAUGGAUAAAGCACUCGCGGAAGGACAAGUUUCUUUGUGGCCAGAUGACGAAUCGCGAUUAUUUUAUGAAAACGUGAUUGAUAUCAGAAAUAUUGUGCCAAGGAGUUUGUACAAAGAAUCAGAAGAGCGCACCAUACAAGAGAACGAGCUGAAGACAUCUGUUUUUGUAACCCAGCCAGAUUUUCGCAAACCGAAUAACUUUUUACAGAAAUUCUUUUUAAAUCUCGAUCAUCUCGUCAACCGUGACACUACGGACCAAUGUGCUCUUGAUUUCGUUUCAAAUUUGAAUACAAAAAGUUAUCGAAAAAAGCUUGUUAAAGUGCUAUAUGGAGUGCCUUCUUCACGUUUGGAUUUGUUACCAUUUUAUGCUCGCCUUGUUGCUUCACUUUCUCCGGUAAUGCCUGAUCUGACUACCGAACUGUCUACAAUGCUUAUAAAGCAAUUCAGGGAAUUUGUGCAGAGAAGUGGUCAGGAGAGGGUCGAAGAAAAAAUUAAGUGUGUGAUGUUUAUAGGUGAACUGGUGAAAUUCGGUGUGAUUCCACGUGCCGAGGCGUUAUCAUGUCUACGACAAUUAGUAUACGAUUUUCGUGGUCAUUCCGUGGAUAUGGUCUGUGCAAUGAUUGAAACCGCUGGGUUCUACCUCUACCGAAAUAGCGAUAGUCAUCCAAAAAUGAAAAUCAUUCUUGAUGUCGUGCAAAAGAAGAAGGAGCGGAUUAAGGAUGUUCGUCAUGUUAUGUUGAUUGAUAACGCUUUCUUCGCGUGUAUUCCACCAGCUGAUUCGGCAGCUGCGAGGCGAGCGCAAGCCGAACCGCCACUGAUGAUUUUCAUCCGCCAUCUUAUCGUUGAUAUUAAUGAACAUAAUGUGAAUACGAAUAUCAAAUGCAUAAGAAGAUUGGCAUGGGAUGAUGAAACUAUUUAUCUCACUUCACCGUGGUUGUUACCAUAUUCGAAUCUCCUACAUCUCGCGAGCGCUGUCGCUGGGCUCCAAGGUCUGACGUACUAUGACUGGAUCUCCACAUAUGUUAUAGAUGCUUGUCAAGAGAUGAUCAGGAUAUCGUUGGAAGUUCCGGGUCUGUUCAAUCAGCGAGCCAUAGCGUCAGCAUGCUACCUUGGAGAGUUGUACAAUUACAGCGUCUGUGACACUCCAGUAAUAUACAAAGUCCUGUACCAGAUUAUUUCCUUCCCGGAGACGGAUCCCUUGUCUUGGCAAGAGUUCUACCGGGUUAGAAUGGUGUGUGAACUAUUGAAUACAGUGGCAGAUUUCUUCCAAACUGGACGUGCUCGUCGAAAAAUGGACUACUUCCUUACAUAUUUCCAUCGUUUCUAUUGGAUGAAACGUGAGCAGUGGAAGGUGAACGUGGCAAUGGUGGAAGUACCGGGUGCGGAAGAAUUCCCCGCAGAUGUCGAAGCGGAAUAUCGUGAAUGUAUGCGACAUAUGCGUAAAAGUGCAUCUCUCCCGAAAGAUUUGGCAGAAGCGGAACGCGCAGUGGAGCAGGUUGAGCAGCAACUGAAGGAGAAGGUAGAGCGGUUCUAG